AUGUUAAAUCUUAUAGACGUAUUUUUUGUGUGCAUUGUUGUGUAUUUGGUUCUUCGUUGGAAUUUUGGAUCGCAUUGGGAUUUUGGUGAUAAGAUUCCUGGUUACAAUGGAAUGCCAAUCGUUGGGUUUUGGUAUCAAUAUUUCAGCGUGAAGUUUGAAGAUGCAUACGCAAACUUCCUCGAAAUAGCUAAGCCGUUUGAUUCAGUUUUCAAAAUCUGGUGGGGAUUGAAUCUCAUUCUUUUCAUAAGAAAGCCUGAAGACAUCAAAAUAUUGUUAAACGCUGAUGAAAGUUAUGAUAAACCAAAGAAAAUGUACAAGACCUUUUUCAACCGAGGAUUAUUCGUGUCGAGUGGUGAAAAAAAUCGACUUUAUCGUAAAACCAUGAGCAUCAUUUUAGAUUCAAAAGCAAUGCAGACUUACAUCCCAACAAUCAAUAUUAAAAUGAAAAACUUUUUGAAAUCUUUUGAUGAGAAAUUGAAGGAAAAUGGAGAUGAAAUGGAUAUAAGUAAACAUACUUUGGACUUUGCUUUAAUUGCAAUUUUAUCUUCAAUGUUUGGAUGUGAAGACUUUAAUGAAGACGAAAGAUUGAAGUUUUUACAAGAUGUUGAAGAAUUGAAGAAGCACGAAUCGAGUAUUUCCGAUUUUGUGGAAAUAAUUGAAACUGGCGUUGAGAAAAAUAUAAACAAAGUUGAAUCAACUGAUAAGAAAUUUUAUCCUCCAUUGGAACAAAUAUAUGAGAUAACAAAACUGAUAAAUCACUUUGAAUUAAAAGAUGAAAUAUCGACGAUUGUUAUCAGUGGUUCGCAAAAAACCGGAAAAGUGAUAGCAGCAACAAUCCUCAUGUUAGCUAUGAAUCCAAAUAAACAAGAAAAAGUUAUUGAUGAGUUGGUUACAAUCUUCAAUGGGAAGUCAGAUCAAAUCAUGGAUGAACGUACACUCAAUAGAAUGAAAUAUCUCGAGAUGGUAGUCAAAGAAACCAUAAGACUACUCCCACCAAUUCCACAAAUUUCACGACAAAUAAGAAAAGAUAUUGAGCUUGCUGAUUUACAGAUUCCAGCAGGAGUUAUUGUGUCAUUCUUCCCUCAGAUAAUUCAUACAGACAAGAAAUAUUGGGGAGAUGAUGCAGAUGAGUUCAUCCCUGAGAGAUUUUCCGAUACAAACUUCAGUAAAAUUCAUCCUUAUGCUUACAUCCCAUUUUCGAACGGUGAACGUUCUUGUAUUGGCGAUCGAUAUGCUUGGAACGUUAUAAAAACAUUCCUGAGUCAAUUUUUAAUGAGGUAUCGAGUAACAACAAAGUUGAAAUUUGCAGAACUCAAACUUUAUUCUUUGUUUACAUUAAACAUCAAACAAGGCUUCAUGGUGAACAUAGAAAAACGAUAG